GGAGCUGGCGCCAAUCGGGAAGGGACAUCGGCAGUCGCCGUCCACUGCCAUCUCCGGGAAUUGCCCCUCCACCGCCCCGCCAUACCUUACUCCAGUAGGUAUACCUUCCUUUUCACAGUACAAUUAUCUUUCUCUACUUCUUUUUCCCCUUCCUUUUCCCUUCUCCAGUAUAUUCAUCUGGGGCUAUUGAACCCAAGCCAUCACACCAUGUCUCACUCCCACUCCCACGACACUGGCGUCGGCCACUCCCAUGACGAUGUCAACGGCGGCCACGGCCACUCGCAUGAGAUCCUCGAUGGUCCCGGAUCCUAUCUCCACCGCGAGAUGCCCUUGUCCGAGUCUCGGGAUUGGAGAGACCGUGCCUUCACUAUUGGAAUUGGAGGGCCCGUGGGAUCCGGCAAGACUGCUCUCAUGCUUGCGCUCUGCCAUGCCCUAAGAGACGAAUAUAACAUCGCAGCCGUGACCAAUGAUAUCUUUACGAGAGAAGAUGCCGAGUUCCUCACCCGCCACAAGGCCCUAGCGCCUAAUCGCAUCCGUGCCAUCGAGACGGGCGGCUGCCCGCACGCCGCCGUCCGCGAGGACAUCAGCGCCAACCUGCUGGCCCUGCAGUCCCUGCACAAGCAGUUCCAGACCGAUCUGCUCUUGAUUGAGUCCGGAGGCGACAACCUGGCUGCCAACUACUCGCGCGAGCUGGCCGAUUUCAUCAUCUACGUGAUCGAUGUCGCCGGCGGCGACAAGGUGCCCCGCAAGGGUGGCCCCGGCAUCACGGGCAGUGACCUGCUGGUGAUCAACAAGACGGAUCUCGCGGAGAUCGUGGGCGCGGACCUGGGCGUCAUGGAGCGCGAUGCGGCGCGCAUGCGUGAGGGUGGCCCCACGGUCCUGGCCGAGGUGAAGAAUGGGAAGGGGAUGGAGCAUAUCGUGGGGUUGAUCUUGAGUGCCUGGAAGAGCUGUGGUGCUUAUGAGGAGUGUUUGAGCAGGUGGAAGGCUGGCGGGCCCAGAGGGUCGGGGAGUGUUGAUGCUUGAUCUCUUGGGGACUGUUUGUGAGAUUUCAGGCUCGAGGAGAAGCAUGUAGAACUUGGGGUCUCGGAUAAGGAAUGAUUGAAACCGCUUCGUUGAUAUCUAUGAUUGUCCAUUUGCACAUUUCUUUUAAUUGGAUAUAC